ACUCUCAACGGAUGCCGGUUCGUAGAUUGUAGGAUCCUCUCCGUGGAUAUCUUCUACGUGAGAUCAUUUUCCUGGAUGGACAGUGACAGGGACAAGAUGGCGGAGAGAAUAUUAAAUCUCAUCCUGGAGAUCCUCUUCCGCCUUACCGGAGAGGAAUACACCGUGGUGAAGAAGACCUCUAGUGAGCGCUGUCAGGCCCCGGUGUCUGGAGGAUUGGGAGGAACCGUGAUUCCAAUUCACCCCCUGAUAUAUGAGGAGAUCAAUAAAGAGAAGAUCCUAGAGCUCACCCACAAGAUGAUUGAGCUUCUGACUGGAGAGGUUCCUAUAAGGUGUCAGGACGUCACCAUCUAUUUCUCCAUGGAGGAGUGGGAGUAUAUAGAAGGACACAAGGAUCUCUACAAGGACAUCAUGAUGGAGAAUCACUGGCCCCUCACAUCACCAGCGAGAUCCAGUAAGAGAACAGCACCGGGGAGAUGUCCCAGUCUACAGGAUGGUUCAGAAGAAUAUAACAAUGUCCCACGGGAUCAUCAGCUUUUGGAUCAGGGUAAUCGGAAGCAGAGUGAUGCUGCGGCCAUAAUGAAAGAGGAGGAGACCUAUGUGAGCGGUAAUGAGCAGUGCAACGGAAACCUUCCUAAAGACAACCGCCCAGAUGAUUGUACCAGGAGCUCAGAAGGACAUCCGAUAUCUUCAGAUUCUAAAGCAGAUAAUCCUGGUAUCAUACUAGAUACAUAUGAAGAGUACGCCAUUAUACCCGAUAUAGCCUUAUUGGGUGUUAAACAUCAAAGAGCAGAGGUGAAGCCAUUUUCAUGUUCACAAUGUGGAAAAUGUUUUAGCCACAAAUCAGAUCUUGUUAAACACCAGAGAAUUCACACGGGGGAGAAGCCUUUUUCAUGUUCAGAAUGUGGGAAGUGUUUUACCCAGAGACCACAUCUUUUAAAACAUCAGAGAAUUCACACGGGGGAGAAGCCAUUUUCGUGUGCUGAAUGUGGAAAAUGUUUCAACCAGAAAUCCGAUCUCAUUCCACAUGGGAGAAUUCACACGGGGACGAAGCCUUUUCAGUGUUCAGAAUGUGGGAAAUGUUUCACAAUUAAAGCAAAUCUUGCUAAACAUAAGAGAAGCCACACCGGGGUGAAGCCCUUUUCAUGUUUUCAGUGUGGUAAAUGUUUUACAGAUAAAUCAAAUCUUGUCAAACAUGAAAGACGUCACACGGGGGCGAAGCCGUUUUCAUGUACAGACUGCAAGAAAUAUUUUAACCAGAAAUCACACCUUGUUACACAUCGGAGAAUUCACACAGGAGAGAAACCAUUUAAAUGCUCCGAUUGUGGCAAAUGUUUUAUUCGGAAAGCAAACCUUGUUGAGCAUCUGAGAAGUCACACAGGGGAGAAGCCGUAUUCAUGUUCUGGAUGUGGGAAAUGCUUUACGAAAAAAUCUGAUCUUGUUAGGCAUCAGAAAAUUCACACAAGGGAUAAGCCCUGGAAAAGCAAGUCUUCUUGAUGUCAUAAACAUGAAAAACACAAGGCCAACGCCAUAGUCAUUUUCUGAAUCCCGCUUUAAUUAUACAGAAUAUACCUGUAGAACAGGUGUAAUAUACUUACUAUUCUGAAGUUGCAUGGAUCGGCUUCUGAGUACUUGUAAUUACACUACGGUGCUGCUGCAAAGGGAGAUGAUGCAUAGUGUGAUGAAGAGAACCUUGGGGGUGUCGGAUGUUGGACCUCUGUCAAUCAAGUAUUGAUGACCUAACCUCAAAACCCCUUUAAGGUUGCUUUGUGGUACCUGUUGUGUUCUGGAAAAGCCCUUUAAAGGAACACUCCUGGAAAAGCAGAUACAUUGGGAACAGGGGUCGAUUGGCCAUAGACCUUACAGGGAAAUUUCCUGGUGGGCCGAUGCCCAGGGGGCCGCCUGAGCCUGCCAGUGGAGGUUUUUGGG